AUGGAUAGCUUAGGUUUGAGGGAAUCAAGAAAUGAAAUAUCUUGUAAGUUAUACUAAAAUGAAGAAGAUUUAAAAUUAAAUUGGUAGUCUAAUUGUUGCUUUUGCAUAUACGGAUUUUUUUUGUAUAUUUAAUACAAGUUUUUGAAUUACAAUUAUGUAUAUUAUAUUCGAAUUAUUAAAUAUAAAGGAAUGAUUGAAUUUCUUUAAUUAAUAAUUCUCUCCUUUGUUUUUAAAUCUAGUUUUUUUUAUGAUAAUCAAUUGAGACUAAACCCAAAGUCUAUAAAGUUGUAGAAAUAUCAAUAAUUUGAUAGUGUGCAUUUUAAUUUCAGAAUAUUAUUUUACUCCCUUUAUAAAUACAUUCUGUUCCAGUACAAAAAGAUGCCAUCUAUGUAUUUUAUUCAAUUAUGUGUUAGGCUUUUUUUAAAUUAGAAAAAAAUCAAAUUAUUGAAAUUGACUAAAAAGAUCUCAAAUAAAUUUAAAAAAAAGCCAUAGUUACUGAAACAAUAUUAUUAAUUAAAUUAAAAACAAUGGAAUAUAAAUUCCUGA